AGAAGCAAGUGGGGUGGUUUGUUGUCGAUGUCUAUUUAAAGCGAUGGCCCAGCCCGGCCCGGCCCGAACGAUUCCGCCUAACAGAUAAAUUUCAAAAGAUCUGAACUCAGAUGAAUAAUAUCGGGCUCUCCGGCGCCGCCAUGACAGGUGUCGCAUCGAAGGUCGCCGUAAUUGGCAGCGGGAUUUCAGGAGCGGUGUGCGCGUCGAUUCUGGCGAAGAACGGAGUAUCAGUCACCAUUUUCGAGUCCGCCAGAGGUCCCGGCGGCCGCAUGUCCCAGCGAAGAGAAAAUUCUGAAGAUGGUAGAGAGCUGGUGUUCGACCACGGUGCACCGUAUUUCUCUGUGAACCCUAGCAAUUUAGAAGUGCAGAAUCUAGUUACUGAUUGGGAAUCAAGAGGUCUUGUCGCUGAAUGGAAAGAGAAGUUCGGUUCUUUCGAUUUUCGAUCCAAGAUGUUUGCCACCAUUGAUGAGGAAGGAUCAAAUAAGAAAUAUGUUGGUGUCCCGGGAAUGAACUCUAUCUGCAGAGCAUUAUGCAGUGAGCCUGGAGUGGAGAGCAGAUUUGGGGUCGGUAUCGGGAAAUUAGAUUGGUUAGAGGAUGACGAUUCUUGGUCCUUAACAAAUAUGGAUGGAGAAAAUGUUGGUCAUUUUAAUGGAGUGGUGACAUCAGAUAAAAGCACGUUUUCGUCUCGGUUUACUCAUGUCACAGGAAAACCACCACCUAUUGACCUGAAUUCGGUUUCCGAAAUGGCCUUGCAAAUGAAAGAAAUUCCAGCUUCGCCACGCUUUGCUCUUAUGUUGGCAUUUGAACAGCCCCUUUCCUCGAUUCCUACAAAAGGCUUAUCUUUCAAGAACUCGGAAAUUCUAAGCUGGGCUUUUUGUGACAGCAGCAAACCAGGCCGUUCAACCACUAGUGAGCGGUGGGUGCUGCAUUCGACAGCAGAAUAUGCACAGCUUAUAAUCUCUCAAAUGGGAUUGCAAAAGCUUACCGGUGCAGUACUUGCAAAAGUAGCAGAUGAACUGUUUCGAGAAUUCGAGAGCACUGGGCUCGAUAUCUCACAGCCGUUUUUCAAGAAAGCUCAUAGAUGGGGGGGUGCUUUCCCAGCUACAAGCGUUGCCGGAGACGAGAAAUGCUUGUGGAUCGGAAAGAGACGACUGGCAAUUUGCGGGGACUUUUGUGUCAUGCCAAAUGUUGAAGGUGCCAUGUCUAGUGCAAUUGCUGCUUCUGCAAAGUUUGUUAAAGUGCUCAGUACCUUGUAAUUUAUUAAACCAACUCCAAGAUUUGUGUGAUCAUUCUUGUGGAUUAUAUAUAUAUAUAUAUAUAUACACACACACUGACACACACACACACACACAGGCAUGAGGCUCAAAUCGGAACAGCAUUUUCUGAUUCCAAUCAGAAAAUUUUCGUGCUAUGAAACAAUUUGAUCAUUCCGAUUUUUUUGUUU